AUGUUCCGCAAGAAAAAGAAGAAACGCCCUGAGAUCUCAGCCCCACAGAACUUCCAGCACCGCGUGCACACCUCCUUUGACCCCAAAGAAGGCAAGUUCGUGGGCCUCCCCCCACAAUGGCAGAACAUCCUGGACACACUGCGGCGACCCAAGCCCGUGGUAGACCCUUCACGCAUCACCCGAGUGCAGCUCCAGCCCAUGAAGACAGUGGUACGGGGCAGCUCGGUGCCCACAGACGGCUACAUCUCCGGGCUGCUCAACGACAUCCAGAAGUUGUCGGUCAUCAGUUCCAACACCCUGCGUGGCCGCAGCCCCACCAGCCGGCGGCGGGCACAGUCCCUGGGGCUGCUGGGGGAUGAGCAGUGGGCCGCUGACCCGGACAUGUACCUUCAGAGCCCCCAGUCUGAGCGCAGCGACCCCCACGGACUCUACCUCAGUUGCAACGGGGGCGCACCAGCAGGACGCAGGCAGGUGCCGUGGCCCGAGCUGCAGAGCCCACGGGUCCUUCCCAAUGGACUGGCCACCAAAGCACAGUCCCUGGGCCCUGCUGAGUUCCAGGGUGCCACACAGCGCUGCCUGCAGCUGGCUACGUGUCUGCAGAGUUCCCCCACUGGGACCUCACCCCCCACAGCCACAGGCAGGCGUGGGACCAAGACUGCCAGGCGUGGCCCCGAGGAGGCCCGGCCGCAGUCCUGCCUGGUGGCCUCGGCCACGGGCAGGCCUGGUGGGGAGGGCAGCCCCAGCCCUAAGACCCAGGAGAGCAGCCUGAAGCGCAGGCUAUUCCGAAGCAUGUUCCUGUCUGCUCCUGCCACAGCCCCUCCAAGCAGCAGCAAGCCAGGCCCUCCAGCGCAGAGCAAGCCCAGCUCCUCCUUCAGACCGGCACUGAAAGGCGGCCCCCCCAGCCUGGUAGCCAAGGCCCAGUCCUUGCCCUCAGACCAGCCCGUGGGGCCUUUCAGCCCUCUGACCACCUCGGAUACCAGCAGCCCCCAGAAGUCCCUCCGCGCGGCCCCAGCCGCCGGCCCUCCUCCAGGCCGCUCUUCCCCAGCGGGGUCUCCCCGCACCCGGCAUGCCCAGAUCAGCACCAGCAACCUGUACCUGCCCCAAGAGCCCGCAGUGGCCAAGGGCGCCCUAGCAGGCGAGGACACGGGCGUUGUGACGCACGAGCAGUUCAAGGCUGCGCUCAGGAUGGUGGUGGACCAGGGUGACCCGCGGCUGCUGCUGGACAGCUACGUGAAGAUUGGCGAGGGUUCCACUGGCAUCGUCUGCCUGGCCCGGGAGAAGCACUCGGGCCGCCAGGUGGCCGUCAAGAUGAUGGACCUCAGGAAGCAGCAGCGCAGGGAGCUGCUCUUUAACGAGGUGGUGAUCAUGCGGGACUACCAGCACCUCAACGUGGUGGAGAUGUACAAGAGCUACCUGGUGGGCGAGGAGCUGUGGGUGCUUAUGGAGUUCCUGCAGGGCGGGGCCCUCACGGACAUCGUCUCCCAAGUCAGGCUGAAUGAGGAGCAGAUUGCCACCGUGUGUGAGGCUGUGCUACAGGCCCUGGCUUACCUGCACGCCCAGGGUGUCAUCCACCGGGACAUCAAGAGUGACUCCAUCCUGCUGACUCUCGAUGGCAGGGUGAAACUCUCGGACUUCGGGUUCUGUGCACAGAUCAGCAAAGAUGUCCCUAAGAGGAAGUCCCUCGUGGGAACCCCGUACUGGAUGGCUCCGGAAGUGAUCUCCAGGUCUCUGUAUGCAACUGAGGUAGAUAUCUGGUCUCUGGGCAUCAUGGUGAUUGAGAUGGUGGAUGGAGAGCCACCCUACUUCAGUGACUCCCCGGUGCAAGCCAUGAAGAGGCUCCGGGACAGCCCCCCACCCAAGCUGAGGAACUCUCACAAGGUCUCCCCAGUGCUGCGAGACUUCCUGGAGCGGAUGCUGGUGCGGGACCCCCAGGAGAGAGCCACGGCCCAGGAGCUCCUGGACCACCCCUUCCUGCUACAGACCGGGCUGCCCGAGUGCCUGGUGCCCUUGAUCCAGCUCUACCGCAAGCAGACCUCCAGCUGCUGA